UGUUUCCGGAAGAGAAUAGCGUAACAGUCCAGCUUAAGUCAGUUCUGGGACGUUUCAUUUCUGUUGUAAAAAAGUUAUCUUCCAGCUCAGUUCAGUUCUCAUAUACUGCCGUCACUGCAGGAGAUCAAUACAUCAGGGUUUUUGCGGUGUCUUAAAAAGUCUAAAAUUUCAAUAUCACAAUUUAAAGCCAUAAAAAGGAUUUUAUGUCCGUUUUGUGCGUUAUUACACAAAAAGCUUCAAGAUUCUGAAGAUAAAAAGGUUUCCCAUCAAAUGCAUAAAAAGCAACCCUAAAAUUGUAUUUUUAAUGUGUUUGUUUUGAUCAACUCCUUCCUCAUGAGCAGUUUUCACAGAAGUUAUGGUUUCAUCCCUGAUAAAAACUAACACAUCGGCUCCAUUCCACAUUCGUCGAGGCGUCCGCCAUCUUGGAACGGUCAACACGAGCUCGUCACAGCAUCUGUAAACAGGAAAUGCCAAAGCCUUCCAGAGCGUCUGUGUAUGUUUGUGUGUGGGUGACAGAGCGUCUCAGUGAUGAUGCCUGUCUGCAUCUGCUCUAUAAAUGCUCCUGAACACCUGACUGAACACCUGAACACCUGAACACCUGAACACCUGAACAUCUGAACACCUGGACACUUGAACACCUGGACAUCUGAACACCUGGACACUUGAACACCUGGACAUCUGAACACCUGGACACUUGAACACCUGGACACCUGCAGGACUCAGAGAUCAGAGACUCCAUCAUGUUCUUCUACAGAUCCAGGGUUCUCCUGCUUUUGUGUGUGUGGGGAACCUGUCCUCUGACUACAAACCAGUUCCCAGUUCCCGGAGGCUUUAAUCUCCUGCUGUAUCCGGUGUCGGUGCCGGGGGCGUUCGGACCUCAAACACUUCUGAUCCCGGUGACCACAACGGAGCAAAACACACAGCACACACACACUCCACAGGCCAACAGAAGCAAGAUCACUUCUCAAAGUUUGUCCAGGCCUUCAAAUGCAAACAGUGCGCUUCUCCAACCAGAGCCAGAGCGAGGCCCUGCCCCCAACACUGGCCCUGACUCCGCCCCCGGCCCCGCCCCUGAUCUGCACACACUCCCCUCUGAGUCUCCAGCUCUGCAGGGACAGAUGCAGAACCUCCUCCCCUCGAUCGUCCCGCUGCAGGUGUAUUCGUUUGUCCAGCAGGCUGUGCUUUCUGACUCGGGCAGCUCAGAGGAAGGAGACACUGCUCAGGUGCUGGUUCUGCUUCCUGUGCGUGUGGAUUCUCCCAGUAUGGGUGUGAUGGAGGCCAGCGCUCCGGUUCCCGACCCAGGACACCUGCAGGUCCCGCUCUCCACAUCCACCGCUCCUGCUCACACACACACAGCAGCACACACACUCUCUCUGGGGAACAAGAAGAGACUCUGAGGACCAUCAGGAUUUUAAUUAGACAUUAAAGAUGUCUUUACUGUAGCUUUUGAUCAGUUUAAUGCAUCCUUGCUGAAUACAAGUAUUGAUUUUUAUUUAUCAACUUUUGAUUAAUGUUACAAAAGAUACUUUCUUUUAUUAUCAACGAAUCCUGAAAAAAAUUGUACAAAUGUUUUCAUCACUGCUAAUAAUCAUAAGUGAGCAUCAGAUCCUCAUAUUAGAGUGAUUUCUAGAGGAUCAUGUGACUCUGAAGACUGGAGUAAUGAUGAUAAAUU